CCUUUUACCGUCAUCUUUGACCAUCCCUCCCUCGCUGCAAAAUCACGAUGGCGUCUAGAACAGAUCUACUUGCGUGGCUUAACGAUCUCCUUCAAAUCAAUUACACCAAAAUUGAGCAAUGUGGCACUGGAGGAGCAUACUGUCAGGUUUUAGACUCAAUUUAUGGCGAUGUCCCAAUGACUCGCGUCAAAAUGAACGCAAAACACGAAUACGAGUAUAUCGCCAACUUCAAAGUCCUCCAGAACAUCUUCAAAGCCCACAAAAUCGAUAAGCCAGUACUGGUCGAUAAACUCGUCAAAUGCAAAAUGCAAGACAAUCUCGAAUUUUUACAAUGGAUCAAACGAUUUUGGGAUCAAAACUAUGGAGGUCAAGGAUAUGAUCCUGUUGCGAGACGAAAAGGCGCACCAACUGACACGCCCGCUACUAUCGCGCCGUUGAGUUCUGGGAAUAGAGCUGGUGGCCUAACCGCAGGAAACCGUUCUGGUGGAAAAACCCCCAUUGGAGGUCAUCGAUCUGGAUCAGCGCAACCGCAUAACGAGGCCCUUGUACUACAUUUGCAGAAUCAAGUGAAGGAACUUAGCGGGCAUCUGGAAGGAUUAGAGAAGGAGAGAGAUUUCUAUUUCGAGAAGCUUCGGGAAAUUGAGAUUCUUGUGCAACAACAAUCGGAGGUACUGGAAGCAGAGCAGAAGGAGGAUGCGACACUGAAGCUGAUCCAGGCCAUUCUGUAUUCGACCGAGGAUGGAUUUGAAGUGCCGGACCCUAACAGUGCAGCUGCUGAUGAAGAGGAGACAUUCUAGGGUAAUUCCUUAUCCUUGUGCUAGGACUCACGAUCACCGUCUGUUUUUAUAUCCAUACGCCUAAUAAUCCUGAUAACCACGCCGAUUUUGCUCUGCCACGCUUGAAUCGAGCUGAGCUCAAUCGUCCUCCACAUUGAACCACCCUCAUCUUCUCAUUACUACCUAGUAUUGUCACCCUCGGGAAAGCUAGUACAUACUUGCGGAACUGGGUGGUGGUGACCGGUGUUUUCGCCCUUCGUUUUCAUCACACUGGGAGGCGGACGGCUCGGGCUUCCUGGCCACGAUUUGUUCGAAAUCUUAAAAUCGCUCGGUUGCCACAAUUCGGAACUCAUUUACUUGUGUCAUAGCUUUAUUUGCACUAGCUACGCACCAGGGUACCUUACAAGUAACACACUUUUAAGUAGAUGGGAUAGUCUGUUA